AGGGCCUGAUGCUUGAAAAGGAAUGGAACAGCAACUCCAGGGGGAGAUCGGAAGUAGCAGCGUCCCUUCUCCCUCCAGCGGCCGGGGGUGCUGCGCUCCCCCGGGGGUACAUUCCCCAGCGCCGUUUGAGGCUGCUCAGCUCCAUAAAUGCCAUUUGCAUGGGGAUAGGAUGUAACAAGAGCUGUAAAUCACUGACAGCGGAGUGAACUCCUCAGGGGCAGACACGGCGGAGCCGAGCCUCCGAGAGCUGGGGCAAUGUGUGAACGAUAUCUUUUGUUGGGGGGAGAGGACUGAUGGCAAUUAGAUGAUACUUAUCUGGCCCUUUGAUGUGUAUUUACACAAACAACGUUUUCCUCCGGGAGCUGCUCUAUAAAGGAGGCCCGUGCUCCCCGACACGCUCCUUCCCGGCAUCUCCGAAGCAAGGCACGAUGACUAAGGCCCCUUUCUCCGUGGAAUGGUUGUCCCAGAGCAGCCAAGCUCUCAAGAGCCCCACCAAGGGCUCCCCACACCGAGCAUCGUCCGCGGGCCACCGGAGCGAGCGGAGCCAGGAGCGGCCGGCAGGCCCGCGGGACGGGACGGGCGGCAGGAGCCGGGAGCGCCCGGCGGCCACUCCCGCCGCAGGUACCGAGGGACACCGGGGGCUCCCGGGCGGGCGGCGGCUCUGGGACACCCCGGGCCCGGGACGGCACCACUGCUCGGGGGCGGCGGUUCCCCACGCGGUGCCCGGGCCCGGCUGACCCUUUCCUUCUCCUCAUCCCUGUGCUCAGGAGCAGGCGGGAGGCCAUCGGGAGCGGAGCAGCCGGUGCCGGAGGAGGGUCCCGAGUGCCCGGGCCCCGAGGAGCCGUGCGGGCGCGGCGGGCGGCGGCUGCGCACGGCGUUCAGCGCGGAGCAGAUCAGCACCCUGGAGAGCUCCUUCCAGCGGCAGCAGUACCUGGGCGCCGCCGAGCGCCGGCAGCUGGCGGGCAGGAUGCGCCUCUCCGAGGUGCAGAUCAAGACCUGGUUUCAGAACCGGCGGAUGAAGCUCAAGCGGCAGCUGCAGGAGUUGAGGACGGAGCCCUUCUGCAGCCCCGCUCUCCCGUACGGACCUCAGGGCGCUGUGGUGCCCCUGCCGCUCACAUACGUGACCCGGCCACCCCCUCUGCCCCGGCAAGGAGCUGCCUCUGAGGGCUUCCCUGUGGCGGCCCUGCCGGCACCCGCCCUGGACCUCAGCAGCGCCUGCAGAGCACAGCCAGUUGGCUUUUGGGCAGCACCCUGCUUUGUGGGCUACCGGGACCCCAGGGCUUUCCUGCUGGGUGUCUGACCCUCUGAUACCAACUAGGACUAAAGAGGAUUUGCACUACUGACAGAUAUCUGGGCUGCUCUCGUCCGUAACUGCUUGGUGGAGCUAUGAUGCAGCACCGAUCUAAACAUUUCCAAAGACAUGCUGGACAGUCUGAAUCAUGGACUUCAGGCCCUUGCAUUUAUAGGCAACUGUAAAAUAUAAACGGGGUGGGACAAACAAUAAUAUAAAUGGAAUCUUUUAAUAAACCUAUUUUUUUUCCCA